AUGAGAGCAGAUCAUAGUAUGAAGAUAUAUCCUCGGCCUGACCAGGAAUUUAAGAAGAAAACUUCCCUUGAUUUUUAGAGAGUUUGGGGUAACAUUUACAAAUUGAGACCUACUGGAUCUUUCGUACAGGGCUACAUGUGGUUACUUUGCGGAAUCAUCGGAUUGAUGAUGGGUGUGACUGCAUUCUUACUAGACAUACUUGUUGAAGGCCUAAUGAAGAUUAGAUGGGAUGCUGCUAUGUAUAUCAUUCCAAAUAAUGUUGGAGUUGGAUGGUUCGUUCUAGUUAUUAUUAGCGCUCUUUAUGUCUUUAUCUCAGCAAUUAUGGUGAUUUAUAUCGCACCUGCUGCUUUAGGUUCAGGUGUUGCUGAGGCAAUGGGAAUUCUUAAUGGAGUUGCAUAUCCUGAUUAUAUUUGCUAUAAGACUUUUUUUGUGAAAUUCUUUGGUCUUGCUCUUGCUGUAUCAGCUGGAAUUUGCGGAGGAAAAGAAGGGCCACUAGUUCAUAUGGGUUCAAUAUGUGGUUACGCAGCAACAGCUUUGCCUUUCAAUUGCUUUAGGUACUUUAGAAAUGAUUUUGAAAAAAGAAAGCUCCUAGCUGUAGGUACAGCUGCUGGAGUCAGUGCUGCCUUCGGUGCUCCAAUAGGAGGUUCUCUGUUUGCUUAUGAAAUGUCAAAACCAAGUACUUUCUGGUCGUUCUCCCUCACCUGGAAAAUAUUUUUUGCUUCAAGUAUUAGUACUUUUGUUCUUUCAAUCUGCAAGUAAAUAUAUCAUGGAGACACAGAACAUAUCAAAGUAAUAAAUUCUGGAAAUGUGAAAUUAGCCACUUCUAAAGCAACACCAUACCUAGAUUCAAUGGUUGCUGCUAUUUUUCUCGGAGCAAUUGGUGGUAUGCUAGGGGCACUCUUCGUUAUCAUUAAUAACAAGUUGAAUUACUACAGAAAGAAAACUCUAACAUAAAAAUGGAUGAAAGUAUUAGAAUCCGUGAUACUAGUGUCAUUAACAGUCAGUGUUUUCUAUUUUGCCUCUGUUAUAACAAAUGAAUGUACUCCAGAGAGCUAAGAUGAUUUUAUGAUCGCCAAAGGAAUUGAAGUUAAACAAUUUUCUUGUGAGGAGCAUAAUUACAACAGACUUGCAACACUUUUAUUUGAUUCUUAGUCCAACACAAUCAAAACAUUCAUGCAAGAAGGAAAUGACUUCUAAUUGUACAAUAUGUGCAUAUUUGCUGCUGUUUGGUACUUCUUUACUUGUAUCACAUCUGGUACUGCAGUGCCAUGCGGAAUAUUCUUGCCAUGUAUUUUGAUAGGAUGUGCUGUUAGUCAAAUCUACUACAAAUUUCAUAUAAUUAUGUUUGAAGUUUCAUCUCAAACUAUGACGGCAGGUACUUUGUCUAUUCUAGGAGCUGCUGCAGUUCUAUCAGGAUCUACAAGAAUGACCUAUUCUUUAGCAGUAAUCAUGCUUGAAACUACUUCCAACGUUGACCUCUUUUUGCCAAUUAUCUUCACUCUUUUUUCAUCUUAUGGUAUUGGAACAUUACUCAUAAACAAAUCUAUCUACUUGGGUGCUCUUAGAUCCAAAAAUGUUCCAGUUAUUGGCUAGAAAAUACCACAAAUAAAUAGAAACUUAAGUGCUUAUAACUUGAUGUCCACCCCUGUGGUCUCAUUUCAUUUUGUAGCUAAAGUUGGAGAUGUUUAUUUCCAACUUCAUAAUACUAAAUAUAGUGGUUUCCCAGUAAUGAAUAGCAGAAACUAGCCUAUAGGCAUCAUUGAAAGAGAUACCUUGAUAACGCUGAUUUAGAAGAAUGCUUGGUAUGAGGACAUUGGAGCUAAGAGGCUUACUUCUAAAUUUAUAGAUGGAAAAAACACUUUAACCGAGAAUGGAACUGCUAGAACAUCUUCUUUUAUUCACAGAUAUGAGAGAUAUGAUGAGGAUUAUAAUUAAGAGAAAAAUAGAGUUCCAAGUAAUAAUAUUAAUGAAAGUAUGGAUGAUGAUGGUUCAUAACAGAUGUUGAACGAUGUAUUAGUCAAGUAAAAUUAAGAGGGUAAUGAAUAUGAUUAUUAAUAUCCAAGAUAACAGCCUAAACUUAAGUGGGAGGAUCUUAAUUAAAACUUUAAAUCUGCAGAAAAGGACUAUAAAACUAUAGAACAAAUAGCCAUUGCUAAUUCAGAGUAACUGCUAGAUCUUAGACCAUAUAUGAUCGAGAGACCAUUCUCAGUCAUUGUAAGGGAUGGUAUUUAAAAAGUUCACAUGAUGUUCAGAUGCUUGCAUUUGAGACAGCUUCUAGUUACUAAUAUUGACAAUGGUGAAAUUCAAGGUAUCAUUACUAGAUAGGAUUUAUUCUAGUAUAUGACUUUAUGA